AGGAAAUGACAUCACAGCAGCGAGACCUGCCACAAAUGCGUUGAAAACAGAUGAGGGCCAAACGCAUUUCAGAUGUCUCUUGACUCAAGUUGGACACAAUUCAGCCUCUAUUGCAAAAACCUUUGAGGCAAAAACAAUCGGCCCAUAAAACAACAUUUUGGAACGCCACUGUGAAGGAUGUCUGCUGGACACAAAGAGACUCCGAGAGACACUACAUGUCAAAGUGGAGCUGUUGUUUUUUUCUCAAACCCUUUGAUGAGUGAUGUUGAAUCGGACUGGUCUCCAAUUCAUGAUGCUGCCUUUAAUGGACGUGUCCUCGCUCUGCAGAGACUCAUUGCUCAGGGUACAUGUGUAAACCUGAGCACUCUGGACCAGGUUUCCCCCCUCCACGCAGCAUGUAUGCAAGGCAAUGUGGCUUGCGCCGAGCUUCUGAUAAAAAAUGGGGCAAAUGUAAACAGUUCAACAGUGGAUGGACAAACUCCCCUGUCAGAAGCUUGUGCUUUGGGCCAUGUGACCUGCGUAUCGCUGCUGCUUCAACAUGGAGCGACUCCCCUGGGGACCAGCUACACCAGCUUUCCAAUUCACAGGGCUGCCGCUAAAGGUCACUCAGAGUGCAUUGAGCCUCUUGUUCAGUAUGGUGCAGAUGUGGAUCAGUAUGUCGACCAGUUGGGCACCCCUCUCCACGUUGCCUGCUCCAAUCAGCAUCUGAGUACUGUGAGGAAACUGCUUCAACUUGGUGCUAGUGUGAACAGCAGUGUGUCUGGUGGUGACAGCGUGUGUGGUGACUCGCUGCUGCACAUCGCUGCCCGUCUGUCCAACCCCGAGUUGGUGUCUGUCCUGCUUGACCAUGGGGCUGAUCACACCCUCAGGAACUCAGAGGGCAAACGGCCACUGGACCUCACGACUCCCAACAGCCUGGUGGAGAGGCUGUUGAGACAAGCAGGAGGAGUGUCUCCUCUAAUGCAACUAUGCCGGCUGCACAUCAGGAAAACUGUGGGCAAGCAGAGACUGGGCAGGAUACACGGCCUUCACCUCCCCACAGAAGUGAAACAGUACCUUCUCUACCAGUCAGACCCAGCAGAUUACUUGGCCUUUCAAUGUCAGAUUUCUGAGCAUUUCACGUACAGAUCAGUAGGGGGUGCACUUGCAUAAUAUUGCAGUGAGAAGACUCCACCAUGGAGAACUAUAAUUCUCCUUUGUUACAGACCUCUGUAAACAAUCAAUCUUGACUUUUACAGAGAAGAGUUUUUCACAUUAAAUGUUAACAAUAAGAUAUACAUAUUUAAAAUGGGAAGAAGGGCUCAUUUGAUCUAAUAAUUGUUGCAAAAUGUAUGUUAAAUAAAGUUGAACACACUGAAACAAUCUUUCUUAUAUUACGCUCUACAUUCAGCUUAUAUUGUACUUUUUUUAUAUGUAAAAACUAAAUAAUAAAUAAAAAUAA